AUUCCGGAUUUAUGCAAAUGAUGUUUAUAAAACUUCUUGUCUUCGUGAACGUAAGUGGUCUGUGGCUUUGAGGAGUCCUUAGUAGGAUUCAUUCAUCUAGACUCAGUCGAAAUGGGAUGGAUAAACGACAGAUGAUCCAUAAAAUGCUCGCUUCUUGCUACAUUGRUAAAGAUAACUUGUUGCUUCAAGGCUCGACGACUCUUGGAUUUAUUGGUCGUGGAAAUAAAGAGUUCUUUGUAAAUGGUGGCAGUCAGGCGAAUCAAACAUUUAGUCCAACUCUCAGCAGUUGGACUCUUAGUAUUGACAUUCGUGAUAUUCAUUGAGUGGGACGAGAUAUCUUAUAGUAGUAGAAUUAAACGACAAGUUAGCGGUUUUAGAGAGCGAUUGGAGUAUACACCGGACUCAGAGCUGUUAGAUCUUGAACGCGAACUUGAUGUUGAUCGGAUUUUGAAGAAAAUUCAUGACGAUGUAACACUUCGGUUAAUGCAAGAAGACGAGGACUGCAACAAAACAAAACAACAACAGACGACUUCUACAAAUAACCGCAACAAGCAUGGUAAUCUCGAAAAUAACUCUAAAACAUCCACCAGCACUCCCAAAGUCGAGUCUGAAAAAACAGCAACAGAUUCCCCUACAAAGAAUGCUAACGAAAAAUCACGUGAUAAAGAACACCACCCUCAAUUGAACCAGAUUAAAUGGCAGCCUUUUCCAUGGAAACCAAAUAUGCGUGGUCAGCUGAAUGUACAUAUUUGGCAGGCGUGGUGUGGGAACACCAUUCAUGAUUUACGCAGAAAUUGGUUCUUUCCCUCGUACCCAGACCUCCAUCUAACAGUCAGCAGGCUCUUCGUUCAGCACUAUGAAGAUGAUUAUGGUCAGCGGAUAUUUGGAUUUAUUCACCCCCCUCUUACAGGGAAAUACGUGUUUGCGUUAUCUUCAGACGACACAUCCGAGCUGUGGCUGAGCAAAGAUGAGCUCCCAGAAAACGUAAGACUCCUAGCCUGGGUAGGCAACAGGACAAGCCUCGACGGAUACCACAAAACCAGCAUUGGACAGUUCACCAAAUACACAAACCAGCAAUCGAAAGAAGUUUUUCUAAAAAAGGGCCGAAGAUACUUCAUUGAGGCACUCCACAAGCAAGGAGCUAGGGAAGACCAUAUACUUGUAGGAUGGAAAAUCCCUGGAUUAUCAGAAUUCCGACACAUUUCGGGAGAUUCUAUUUCAAUGUAUAUUGAUGACAGAUACAUAACUCCUGACGUCACUAAGUAUGCGCAAUUCAUUCCUCAAACUGUUCCUUCCCAUCCACAUGCGCACACUUGGGGCGUCGCUUUGAAUCACGAUUUGCACAAGUUUGCCUCCAACAGCGUACCCAAUGAGUAUCGUUCCCAUCAACUCGUAGAAAUGGAAGAUUUUGAGAAUGUUUUACCUAAUUGUGAGUACCAACCAAGUUAUCUUGUGAAUUUUACCCUCAAGAGGUACGAAGGAGUUAAAUUAAUUCACGAUUCUGCGGUUUAUCCCGAUGACUUGACGAUUUUGACACACAUGAUCCCUUACGACCAAUGCCGAGCAAGACGAUUGACUGAUUCCCAUAGCAACAGGCUUAACGUUUUCGUCCCUGCAUUAACCAAUCAUAGCUUGUUUCACGAAGGAAAGAUAAUUGUUUUCGGGCCCGACGGAAAUGGUUCGGUAGUCACGACGCUUUCCGACUUAGCCGAGGAUUAUCCUAUUGAACACGUGUUAAAAAUGGACGAAUCUAACGCAACUGAUCAAGAGAACGUAUCGUUCGGCUUAGAUAAUCGAGUUGACAAGAAAGAUGACGCAAAUAGAGUGCGGAAUAACCUUGUAAGAAAGCCACAGCCAAGUCAAGUUCAGCCCGCUCAUAAUGAAAACAACGCAGAUAACAAAGAAAGUAAGCAAUUACUGAAUGGGAUUAGAAAUCACCCCGUUCCGCUGCAACACCAGAUAGUUGAACGAACAAAUAUUAAAACUAAAGCAUCGAGGCAUGAAACAAUCCAUGGGAUGAAUAAGAGAACGAGUGAUAUUUUGAAAGAACACUUCGAAGCAGUCAAGAAUUUCUCUCUGUCACGUAAGAAAGAAGCAAAAAAAUCUGCUUUGGAUUCAAAGAAAGUGGUAAAACAAAGUCGGCAUAAACAAUAUAGUGAAUCAAGAUUUACUAAAACAAAGGAAAAACAAUUCCAAGACUCACAAAAGAGAAAUAAGUCAUCUCGAAAUCGCACAUUGGACAAUAAUUCAAGAAAUAUAAAAUCCAAUGUAAAAAAGAAACAAAAAUUAUCGGAGACAAUUAUUCUCUCAAGCAACAAACUGCCCGUUUUGUCUAGAAGUAAACGCGCAAAUCGCGAGAAAGGCAAUCAACCCAAAAACUCUGUAAAUUUGCACGAUAUAGUAAAUUUGCAACGAAUAGAAAGACGUUCUUACGGAGAGGUGAGCACUGUGCAGAAACGGCGUGAAGGGAAUGAUGAAGAAUCUCGAAGAUCUAAGCAAAAUGAUAUGUAUGGAUUGCAAGGGAAGUCGCGAACUAGAAGGAAGCUGUUAUCUUAUCCAGUUGCAACUGAGAAGAAAAAUGAUGACGAUGAUAAUGCGGAUGGUCAAGUGAGCCACGCCCAAAAUACGCAAGAUGCAGUUCCAAGGUUUUAUUUUCGACCAAUAGGAACAGUCCCCGUUAAAAAUAACAGCUUACCCGACUUCAUGUACGAAGACAUACGUCUGACUCGACUAAACAGCGCCAGGGAAUAUGUACGACGAAUGCAGGCUAUCAUCCAAAUCUAUCAACACAAGAUGUCAGCUCGUCAGAUAUCCGACCAGAUAUACCGUAGAUACGGUAUCCGUUUGAGUGUACCGGAGAUGACGCCCUAUUUAAACUACAAUCCCCUGUUGUAUCACCAUAACAUGACAACGUGUGCGUCUGAUGGGAAUCUUCUCCUCAACGAGGAUGUUGCCAAGAGCGCUGUGUUCCGGUACAUGAGAGAGCUGACAAGGAAGACAUCCAACAAAUAUUCUCUUCGGGGAAUACUCAACGUUGAAGAAAACCACGACGUGUUGUAUGGCGACCGAUAUUUGAUGGAACUUGAACUUUUGGACCAAAACAGAAAAAAGUCGGUUCGACUGUCCCAGUACAUAUACCAGAAAAACGGGAAAGAAAACCUGUGCCUACCACACAAUUUCCAGAUCAACCACCAUGCUACAGUACAUGUCAUAGUGCCAGUUAAAAACCAAGGAAGAUGGGUACAGUAUUUUAUCAAUGAUAUGUCCGAGAUUUAUUUAAAGACACGUGAUCCUCAUCUCAACGUGAUAAUCGUGGACUUCAGCAGCGAUGAUAUUGACGUACAAGAGGCAUUAAGACGCAGUCCACUUGUUAGGUACAAAGUGAUUUCAUUGUCAGGUCCAUUCCAAAGGGCAUUUGGCAUCCAGGCAGGAUCUACUGCAGUCAAGAAUCCCAACGACAUCAUCUUUAUGUGUGAUCUUCAUCUUGAGUUACCCAACAACAUGAUUGACAUCAUCAGAAAGCAUUGUAUUGAAGGAAGAAUGGCUUUUGCUCCUGUAGUGACUCGUCUACAUUGUGGAUUCACACCGAGUGUUCCUUACG